AUGGUCGCGUCUUGCUCACCCCAUCGCCAGCACGGCGAUAUAGCAAGUUUAUUUCCGCGCGCUCACUCUCAAUCACCACUCGUCGCUCCCCCGCCACCUGAUUUGCCCGUCUUGUCAGCUUUACCAACCUUCUCAGCACCUUUCACUCUCGCACUUGCAAAUACCGCUGUUGCAAGAACAAGGAGUGCAACUCGCCGCCAGAGCUCUAUACCCACAAACCCUCGGGAGUCUACCUUGCUUCCGGACAGCCCUUCAAAACUUCGACCUCUCACAACUACUACACACAACAACAUGAACUCAAGCGGGAUGACAUUGCGAUCUAGCUCAUCGAGCCCAGCACGCUCCGCCAACUCACGUGACAAGCUCGCCAUUCAGAGACAGAACCGCGCAGGGAUUGGUGUCGAGAACAAGGAAUUGCAUAAGCCAGCCAACGGAAGUCCGCUCAAACGCAGCGACGGGGCAAUGAACCUUGAUAUCGGUCGGGCGUCGCCUGCCGCCAAGGGCAGAUCUGUCUCUGGGCCAGUCAGAAUUACGAACCCUGUCUUUGGGAACUCGUCCUUUAGCUCCACAAAGUCGCCGUCACCAAAACGUUACGCUACUAGAAAAAGCAUGGGCAGCAGCAAUCUCUAUGGCGAGAAACCGAACUUUGCAAAGACGAGGCCCCAGGCGAGGAACCAGCCUGAGUUUCUUCCUCCCGCAGAUGCUGCGAAAUUACGUCGGACAGGCUCAGUUGAGAAUUUCUCGAAAGACUCAAAAGAUUCGAAAGAUUCGCCGUUUGGGAACAAUGCCGAUCCACUGCCCAGUGCCUCCAGCCAUCCUUUCAAUGGAAAUGGAGCGCAGCAGUCUCGCCCGCUACCCCAAUCAAGUGAUGAGGAGCCACCUGCUAGCCAGGAAAGCAUGGGUCUUUGCACCCCGCAGAACUAUAAGCUCGCCAAACCAUUUCCCGCUGCGUUCCACUCAACUGGCUUUGUUACAAAACGUGGACGUCUUGACACCGUAGGGAAGGAACAUGGUCCUCAGCCAGACACACCGUGCAAGAAGCCGACUGCUCCUUUCUUUUCUCAGUCUGCAGCCCAGCCCAAAGGAACCACGGGGAAAGGCCGGGGAUUAAUGUCCAUGUCCGAUUUUGCUUCGAGCUCUUCAACCCCCGCAGGAUAUAUCAAAGGAAGGAAGUCUCUAGCAAGAAAGAAUAGCACCAUGAGCAACGACGACGGAGAUGACCUUGGCGAAUACGAGCUACCCCCAACUCCUACGAAGAAGACGCAUAAUAACAUAAGCGAAUUUUUCACGAAUAAACGCUUACGGACUGAUACGAGCUCUGACGGGUUACAUGGACGCUAUGUAACCACUUCUACCUCCCCGCAUACACCGAAAGAUAAUAUAGUUCCCCCUGACCCCAGUAGUUUAUCGAUUUCUGGACGUGCCAACAACGCGAGUAAAACCAUUUCCCCAGCCACUCCUAGUCCAAUGAAAGAUUUCUUUGCCGCUUCAUCGUCUUCAAACGCUGGCUUUGGCUCCUCCCCUCUUACCCAUUCAGUACAGUCGAUAGAUGGCAAAACUAUACAAGUGUCUGAUGAUUUUGUUCAGAGGUUUUCUGAGGUGAAGCACAUUGGAUCUGGAGAGUUUUCGGAGGUUUAUCAGGUCGUGGAGAGAGAAGGAGAUGGGCACAGACGUCAUCCGUUUAUCGAUUCACUCGAUCCACCACUUACGCCUCAAUUGGCCACUCCUAGUCGCUCUUCUGCCUUUGGAUCAUCUCCCUUGAGGGCCACUGGCCCUGUGCCGAAAAUGUAUGCCGUCAAGAAGUCAAAGUCGGCGGUUCUCAGCACUCAUGGAAGGGCGAGACGUAUGGAGGAAGUCGAUAUUCUCAGGGAGCUUGGAGAGAAUGAUCAUGUGAUUAAGUUUGUGGAGUCUUGGGAGGAGAAUGGGCACCUUUAUAUUCAGACCGAAUACUGUGAAAAUGGGGGUCUGGAUAAGUUUCUGUCUCAACAUGGACACAAGGGGAGGCUGGAUGAAUUCCGUGUGUGGAAAGUGCUUGUGGAACUUUGUUUGGGUCUCCAACAUAUCCACAAUUCUGGAUUCAUGCACCUAGAUCUCAAGCCUGCGAAUGUUCUAAUCAGCUUCAACGGAACUCUUAAAAUCAGUGAUUUUGGAAUGGCCGCGAGGUGGCCAGCUAUCCGGGGACUAGAACGCGAAGGAGACCGUGGAUACAUUGCACCUGAGGUCAUCAACUCAGCUAAAUACGAUAAACCUGUUGAUAUCUUUGCCCUUGGCCUUACAAUCAUUGAGGUCGCCGGAAAUGAGAACCUCCCGCCCAAUGGACCUGAUUGGCAGAGACUCAGAGACGGGGAUAUCACUGUAGCCCCAAAGCUGUCCACUAGCCGUUCUGGAGAAUUUGUACACCGCGACGAGAGAGGAAACCCAGUCUCCACCGAAAUACUCGAGAUUAUGGAAACCGACAGGACUAACGAUUUUCCUCCGACUACACAAUAUCUUCGUUCUAAGAAAGUACCUGGCCAGCAGCCUAAAGUAUCUAGAAGGCUUCGUGGCAGGGUUCUCCUUCAUCAACCAAGAGACGGAGAUCUUGUUUAUCCACCCCAGUUCAUGGCGGAUAGUGGCCUUGAGAAGAUUGUCGGCUGGAUGAUAAACGCUGAUCCAAGUAAACGACCAAGUGUUUCCGAUCUCUUGGAAAUGAACGAGUUGCGUUGGGUUCAUGGAAGGAGGAGAUUCCCGGCAACGAUAUUCGAAGGGCUAUGGGGUCCGGACGAUUCGGUGCUCGUCAUGGAGGAUGAAGAUAUGGGGGUUUCUAACAGCACUGAAGUUGAGCGCUGUCGGGAGGAUUGGAGGAUGGAGGAGGAGGAGAUACUGUGA